AAUCGAGCAAAAACAAAUUGCAAAACAAUACAGCCCAGUAGACCUUAAGUUAGCUGCAUGCCCUUACAUCACAUUAUCCGCCAAGUCUGAUUUCAUUGCCGUGUAAGAAUGAAGAAGCUCGAUCCGUGGCCUGCUGCACUUAACUUCAGAACACACCAAACGUCUCUGGUCCGAGAUUUGCCAAGGUCUGUUCGCUAAAAAAAACUUCCCCUACUGAGGCCUGAAGUACAUUCAUAUCCUAGGGUAAGAUUUAACUCUACUCAGUACAUACAUCCAUGUCAAGCCCUCUGUAGUCAUACCUGUGGAUUGUAGGCAUGGUGGGGACCGAUCUGCACCAGUUUCCAAUGGCAGAAUGUAAGUAUGUAACAAAGCUUUCUGGCUAGAGCGACCUCGGUGGUAACGUCCUACUUUGUGGCUAUGACCCUAGACGGCUUAUAGUCAGCGGAAGGAGAGGGUUGUCCCCCACCACACCUUCCACAUGCUAUGCUCUAGACACGGUCUGUUUCUUGGAGCAAGUGGUGAAUGUUACACGUAAAAGAUUACAUGGUCAUUGGGACUGUAAAUCAACCCUGGCGAAACUUGGAGGUUGGUACAUACCACAGAGAGUAUACAGCAGUCUGUGGUACGUCCCCUCUUGUCUCGUUGCCUACUGUCAGACUUGUCGUUGCUGUCAUCCCUGGUCAGCCUGCAGUUGAAUCAUAAGAUUUCCUAGAGUGUCUCAAAUGUUUGUACGUGAGGAAGGGGGCAAGAUCGCUGCGGGUGCGCGGAUACAAGCUGAAGUUAACAUUAAUGCCUGAUCAAGCGUCGCUCGGCACCUACGAAGUCGAAGUUACCCUCCCUGUGCCGCUCUCGGUAGCCAUAGCAACAACACAAACAGCGCAGUGCAUUGUGGGAAGGAGUUCCGGCGAGCGGAGAGAUCGGCAUUCUGCUCUAGAAGACGUUCCUACACUUUUAUUUUCUUUGUAGGACCAAAGCAAACGACAUGAUGGAUUUAAAACAUACCUGCUCUUGCUAGAGAUGCAAGUCAGGCAGUCAUGGUAAAAGCUGGCUUCUUCACAUGCCUUUCUCUGGCCCAGAAUGACAUAUCAUGAGCACAACAGACACCCAGCCUAUCUUCCCCAAAACCACAGGAGGCACUAUUCACACAGAGACCGAUAGCCUUGACCAGCUUGGUCUUUUUCAGACAAACUCAGCUUUGGGAGCAGAAACACAGAAUUCACUUAUCGUGGACUCAGCACAACUGCAUAAUGAUCCUUUUGCUGAAUCUCAGGAGAACUUACAGAAUAAUCCUGUAAGUGUUUUUGAGAGGCAGACACGGUCUUCAUUGUCGUCAUCACCAACACCCUGCAGGUCAUCGUUAAGCCCUUCAGAUGAAGAAUUGCUAUUACCACUUUUAGAAAAACAAAGUAAACAGCUUGAAGAUUUUGAUAACAGAAACAAUGGAGAUGACAAAUGGGGAGAAGAUGAAGAGCAAAGAGAAGAAGAAAAUAUAUUAAUCUCACACCCUGUGUCACUAGCGGGUGCUGAAGGAAGUGAUAUUUGUGAAGCUGAAGACACAGACAGUGAUGCAGAAGGUGAAAAAUCAGCCAUAGUUAAAACAUCACCAAGUUUGGUAAAAUCUAGGAGCAGCUCACGCACAUCUGCAAAUAAAAACACAUUGUUUUCAAACUCUUCUGCAUAUUCCAGACCUGGGUUACCAUCACCUGAUUUGCAGAAUCCUCAGCACCAAAGGUUUAAUAUACCUUAUGCAUCACGCAGGCUGAAGAGCCAGACCCCUAGAAAUUCAACAUUGUUCACUGCAAAGGCUGCAGAGGGUCAAACAGACCUAAAACAGACACAUACAGUGCUCAGAGAGGAUAGCUGGCAAGCAGAAGUUGGGGCCAAGCCAUUCAAUAUCAACAACAACAGCAUUACCCAGUCAGAGGAUGAGCAACCUUUAUCUGCCCCAUUAAAGUGUGAAGAAGAAAAGGAUUUUGGUGGUUUCGACCCAACAAACAAUUCAGAUGAACUACAGGACUCUCUGAAAUUCUCACAUAGUGAUUCUGAUCUGAGUGAUAACCAGUUUGUAUUGGACAGAACACUUCCUGUCCCAAACCCACCAGUAGAAUCUAGGAAAGGCAUCGGGGAUGUAUCCUUAACCAUCCUGAUUUCUGGAGCUCCUAGAUAUUCACCAGCUGAACAACACAGGACUCUGAAGAGUCCAUCAGGGUCUGGGAAGGAGCGAUCUAGCAUGCCGACGGUCAAAGAGCCAGAAAGGGUGUAUGUAGAGUCACCCACUUUCACAAGAGAAGAAGAAGAGCAGUACAGGUUUGUCAGCUCACGAGUUGAAGAUUAUGUUGAGCAUGACCAUCAUCCUACAUUUCGAGGUUUGGAUGAGGGUGCUGUGAAAUCCAUGGAAGGAGCAAGUGGCAGGGUGCAGCCAGUUAAAAACCUGUGAAACAGGUCCGCUAUGUUGACGACGAAGAUC